AUCAGAGUCACUCAGUCACUCAGCCAGUAUUACCUUACUACGGAAGACUUCUUCAUCCUUUUUAUUUAUUUAUUUACUAGCUUCCUCCCAAGGCCCGUUCCCCUCCCCCUUCCCUCAGUUCCCUCCAAUAAUCUGAACCUAACCUCGUUUUUCCUUAAACCCAUCCAUCCAUCCAUCAAACCUUCCACUUCUCAUUCAUCAUCCACCUUUUUUUAUCCCCACUUUCUUGCGCACAACCAGUCAGUACCUGAGGUUAAGGUAGCUGCAGCAAGCAUUGAUCAAUUUACAUUUGAUUGCAUUUCGCGUUCUACUUACUGCUUUUCAAGAUAAUCCCAAGUUAAAAGGGUAUUGUCUUCAAUUUGCGAUCGCGACGACGGUGUUGGCCUCUCGAUCCAAAAAAAAACAACAAAACAAAAACAAAAACAAGGCUCCCGCUUUCCCCGAGCCAGAAGUUAAAACAAAAAAGUUUUCAACUAUUAGCAGCAUUUUACUACCACAUCAACAACCUACUUCAAAUUUAUCAACACCAGUUCCAUCAAAAUGACCGAGGUUUCCUCCACCAGACUUUAUUUGGGGAAUCUCCCUCGUAAUGGUAAGCUGAAUCAAAAUCCUAAUUGAUAUGCGAUGGAUGGAAAACUGCGAACUGCGAACUGCGACACUCGAACAAUUUUGUUUACUAACAAAUUUAAAUAGCCACCAAGGCUGAUGUUGAAGCUCAUUUCAACACUCAUGGCACAGGCGAAAUUACCGAGAUCAAACUUAUGAAUGGCUUCGGAUUUAUUGAAUACAAGGAUGCAAUGGAUGCGCGCGACGUCGUUCCUGGUAAGGAUUCAAUAACUACCAAAAAAAUCAUCUCGAGGGCGAACGCAAUUGUUAACAUAUUUUCCUUCACAGCCUUCCACGGUUCGGACUUCAUGGGCGAACGCUUGACGGUACAAUUCGCCCGUGGUACUCGUAAUAGAGAUACCUUUGCCAACCCUGAGCGAACUGCUCCUCGUCCCAGACGUACCCCUCAUCGAAUGCAAAUCUCUGGACUUCCAGGUGAGACCAGCUGGCAGGUCUGUUUACCCCGUUCCUUCACCCGGACUCAUGGAUAUCAAUUAUUGCUGCUAUUUGGACUACAUACCACAUAAUUUUUGGACGCCUUCCUUCUAUACAGGCCUUCACUGGCCAAGUUACCAUUGUAAUCCUGGUCAGUGGCGCGCAGCUAUGGAAUUUGCAUUUUCAUACCAUAGCAACAUGCUAGUGCAUUUGCGCGGGCGGCCGGGAUAUUAUGGACUCAUAAACAUUGAUCGCUAUUCGCCUUUUUUAUCAUGUCUCGACUUCCUUUCUGCUAUCAUUGCUUGCUCUUGCCCUUGCAUAUCCGGAAUAGUGGUCAUACUGCGCGGGAAAAGAUGGCCAACCUCUGGAAGGUGGAUCAGCUACCUUUGAAAGGAUAUAUUCCUGGCUACUAAUUCAAGCGCAACAUCCAUCCCUUGGCAUUUGCAAAGCCCAACAGUCCGGGACAACAACUUACGUGGACUUCUGGAUAUAGGAUCUUAAAGACUUCGCUCGUCAAUCUAGCCUUGACGUCGUUUACUCGGAGACUGGUCGUGACCGUGAUGGCAAAGGGUAAGUGACGCCUGUAUCGUGUAGAUUAGAUAACCUCUAAUUUUUGAUUGAAUAGAAGCUUCGUCGAAUUCGAAACAGCUGCAGACUUAAAGACUGCAGUCGAGAAGCUUGACGGCCGUGAAUUUAAAGGCGCCCGAGUCACUUGCACUGCUGAUGUAAGAUCCAUUUCGUACAUAAAUUCGCGAAUCUACGCACGUCGCUCACUGGAACAUACCCUCUUGAUGAGAUGCUGAUGUGAUGAAACAGACCCAGCCGGAUCUCCCACGCGACCGUGCAAGAUCUCGAUCGCCAAUUCCUCGAGGACGACCUUAUCCCAUCGAUGAUUAUGAUCGACGUGGUCCACCCCGAGGUUAUAGUCCUCGUCGUGAUGCCUACCGCGAUCGAAGCCCCCCUCGUCGUGGCUAUUAUGAUGAUGAUCGUGGUCGUUAUGGACGUUCUCCACCACCCAGACCUCGUGGCCCAAUCGACGAUUACCCACCGCCACGUCGUAGUGGUUUUGAUGAUCCUUACCGUCGUGAUUACCCUCCAGCUGACCCAUAUGUCAAUGGGCAUGGUAGACCACCUUAUGAUCGUCCUCCUCCAAGAGAUUACCCACCAAGAGAUGCCGGAUAUGCUGAUGACGGAUACCGUCGUGGCCGCUACUGGUAAAUCAUCCUUUCCAAAUAGGUUGCUCAGUAACCAUUUGGAUUCUGCUCACAUAAAAUAGAUUUCUAAUGACAACCGGGUGGGAUAUGAAAUGUUUUUCUAUUGAUGAUUCACGGUGAACGGGCCAAGGGGCGUUUUUCGGUAACGUCUUCAGGUCGUUCACGGAGGUUACGAUGUGAAUACACGGAUUUCGCUAGUUGGCCCUUUUCAGUCUUGUUACUUUUUCUUUGCUCAAUCAAAAGCAUACCCGGGGAUCGAUUUCUUAUUAUUUGUACAUGAGAACAUGCUUUCUCUUUGGGGGGUGGACGUAACUCUUUAGUUAUGGAUUUCACCUUACGACCUGUAUUCAUAGAAGUCAAUGGCUAUUUAUUUGCGAAAUGGAUAUGUCUGUGACCUUUUUGCG